AUGGUGGCUGUGAGGGUGCGGGCAUGGGUGGAGCGGGGGCUCAACCCCAAGGGCGGCAGCGGCACCUUUGCCAACGAGGCGCUGGAUGAGAUUGUGGCGCUGCUGACUCACGAGACCUUCAGGGGCAAGAUGGUGGUUAUCUUGGCCGGCUACGAGGCCGAGGUCGAGGCGCUGAUGUCAGCAAACCCCGGCCUCAAGAGCCGCUUCAGCGAGAAGCUUCACUUCCCGGACUUUGACGCCGCCGACGCCGCGGAGCUGCUGCGCUCGCGGCUGCUGAGGGACUGCGGGCUGGGGCUGGAUGGUGAAGCCGAGGCCGCGCUGCCCGGGCUGACAGACAAGCUUGUCAAGGCCCCGGGGUGGAGCAACGGGCGCGACGUGGGGACUUGGGCCAAGCGCGUCUUCCAGGCCUACGCCGCGCGGACCAUGGGGCAAAACGGCGGCGGCGACGACGACAGCGACGGCGGCGCCGUCACUGCCGACGACCUGCAGACCUCUCUCGACAGCUUCCUGGCCACCAAGGUGGUGCCACCCCCGCCGGUGCCGCCGGCAGCAUCCGCCACUGCUGGGCAGCCAGCAUUUGCCUUUGAAAACGCGGCUCCUCACGCCCCGCCCCCGGUGCGCCUGAAAACAGCGCCCGUGGAGCCCUCGAUCGUCAUUGUGGAGGAGGCCGAGGAGGCCGCGGCGCCGCCGCCCGACGGCGGCGACGGCGCGCCCGCGCCGCCGGCCGCGUUUGGCGCGCUCGGGGACGCCUUCCUGCGCGACGUGCAGUCCGGCCUGGAGUCCCUGGGCUACGACCUGACAUCAGAUGACGUCAUGGCACGGCUGGCGGGCGACGCGGGGCUGGCGGGGCGGCUGCUGCCGGCGCUGCUGGCGGGGGGCGGCGGGGGCGGGGACGCGGCGGUGUUGCUUGAGAUGGUGCGGCGCUGGCAGGAGGCGGUGGCAGAGCAGGUUGAGUACGAAAAGGAGAUGAAGCGCAAAAUGCAGAGGCCUGUGUGGCGGUGUGCGGUGUGCGGGCGCUAUGGGUGCCCGGUAAUGCCUUACAUCGAGCGCUUUGAGGAGUUUGAGGCGCCAUGA